AUGAGCAGCAUUGUAUUUAAUUCGCCUGUCCAUUUCCAUACGACAGGCUUCGGGGAUGCCGCGCAUCCGGAGUUCAAUCUGGUCGAUCAGGAUGCCGGCGCAUCAAAGCCCCCGGUCACAGCUCCAGGCGGUGGCAAGGGCCCCGGCGUGGACAGCGGCAUCUCGUGUCGGACGGGGACGUGGCGCUCGCGAGGCUCCUCGGCAGCUAGAUCGACUGGCCUCGAGUCCUUCGGGGUCAUCGAAUCCUACAAGAAAAUGGACGUGCUUGGCGAAGGGUCCUAUGCCACGGUUUAUCGAGGAUUCUCGCACCUCAAAAACUGCGUGGUUGCUGUGAAGGAAAUCCGGAUUAAUCAGGAAGAAGGGCUUCCUUUCACAGCUAUUCGAGAAGCUUCCCUGCUUAAAUCCCUCCAACAUGCAAAUAUCGUCACUCUUCACGACAUUGUACAUACAAAACUCACGCUCAAUUUUGUCUUCGAGUAUGUGGACUCCGAUUUGAGCCGGAUACUGGAAAAGAAUCCUAUGGGCCUAAAAUCGCAGAAUGUACAGUUACUUCUUUAUCAACUCCUGCGUGGCUUGGCCUACUGUCAUGAUCGAAGGAUACUUCAUCGAGACCUGAAACCCCAAAAUCUCCUUGUUUCUGCCACUGGUGAACUGAAGUUGGCUGACUUUGGUCUGGCUCGAGCUAAGUCCGUACCCAGCCACACGUACAGCCACGAGGUUGUUACGCUGUGGUAUCGACCACCCGACGUACUGCUCGGCUCCACAAACUACACCGCGUCGCUCGACAUGUGGGGCGUUGGAUGCAUAUUUCUGGAGAUGCUGUCCGGCGACGCUAUCUUUCCGGGCGUAAACGAUGCUGUGGAUCAAUUGGAUAAAAUCUUCAGGUACAUGGGAACUCCGACAGAGGAGACUUGGCCAGGCGUCUCGAAGUUGCCGAAGUACAAGAGCCUCUUGGGAAGUUCCUCACACCGUCGAAAUCUCCACCACUCACACCACCAGUCGCAUCACCAACGAUACGCCUCCACGACGACCUCUGGAAACCGGGGUGGCAGAGGCAGCCUGUGGCACACCGGCAAACCGCUGAACCGUGUGGUUCCCCGUCUGGCCUACAUCGCUCACGCGACCUCCCUCGCCUCGGCCCUGCUCAAACUCCAGCCCGACCAACGCAUCACCGCACGCGCUGCAAUGCGACACCCCUACUUCACGGUGUCUCUGCCUACCGCUCAGCUGGCAUGCCUUCCCGACACAAUGUCUAUCUUUAGUAUUGCUGGUCUAAGAAUGACCUCUGAAGACUCUCCUCGUUGUUCCAGUCGUCACCCUGGGAAACCCCAAAGACAUCUUUCUUACAAAGACAGCAAUAACUUGACAAGCAAUAGCUCCACCACCUCGGAUAGCACCGCCCCUUCUCCAGUCGACCACCAGACCACCUCCUUGGACGAAGCUGGGACGAAGAAAGACCACCCACCGGCGCGGUGUCCAAGUCCGCCGCCUCGGACCCCCCCACCUCCUGCCUGGCCCCCUUAUCCUCUUUUCACCCACCUGCAACAACAACACCAGCAGCAGCAGAAGCACGCUCAGGGUAACCCCGUGACACGACCACCUCUCUACCCAGUCUAUUGUUUGCCAGCCUACAUGACGCCACCGUCAACCUCGCAGACCACCACUGGGUCGUCUACGCAAUCCUCUGCAUUUAUUUCCGUCCCUCUGCGACCGGUGAUGGCACCCUGGGUGCCGGCCUACACGAUGCAACCAACAGCAACCUCCUCAGAUACUUCCACGGUUGAAUCCCUUAGAGGCGACCAGAAGCCUGUGCCCUUUGGAUUCCCCCCACUGUCGUCACCUGACAUUAUUUGGAUGGUGCCAUGGGUUAGUCCAGCUGAUUGGGUUCAUAAUGAGCCAACAUUUUUGGUUGGGCCACCUCAACCCACCACGGUGUUCGAUCAUUUCACCCAGCCCCAGUUUCCAUCUAAACCUCAGUCGUUCUACCCGCCCGGGUACACGGUGAUGCCCCCAUCAGUUCCCGCAUAUCCGCGUCACUCUGGACCAGCUCAGAAGUCAGUCGCUCUGCAGACAAGCGAGUCAGUUAGUGAGGAUUCCCAGACAAUCUACACUUCUGCCGAUGACGGGACAAACGCCACGCGGGACAGCCUAAUUCAGGCCAAUAGCACCAAGGCCGCUUUACUUCCUUCCCUCGAUACUGUCUCAGGUACAGGGGACUCAAUAGCCGACAUCACCUUCAGUUUCGCCUCUCAGCACGCACAGCCGCACGGGAUGUUUCUGAGCAACCACUUCGGACCGGACAAAAUACUGCACGGGACUGGAGAUGUCGGCAUCUGCAGAAGCUCCAGUUUCCACACGGGCGACCGACUCCGAUUUGAGUCAUCGUCAUCCGUUUUGCUGCGGAUUCCAAGGUCGCAAGCCUUCUACCCUGAGACAUACUGCUGUUCUCGUGGGAAUGAGGCUGGCCAGGGCUUUUCAUUCAACCAACCAACAUGA